AGCCUGGCCCCUCAUGCUAUUCCUCUUUCUCUCUUGGCUGCUUAGAUCUGCUCUCCUCCUCCUGCUCACAUCCCUGGCUCUGGGGCUCCUGCAGGGAAGGCAGACAUGGAGCUGCUGUGCUGUGAGGUGGACACCAUCCGGAGAGCCUACCUGGACAAGAACCUACUGACCGACCGGGUCCUCCACACCAUGCUCAAAGCCGAGGAGACCUCCUGCCCCUCCAUGACCUACUUCAAGUGUGUGCAGAGAGAGAUCCUGCCCUACAUGAGGAAGAUUGUGGCCACCUGGAUGCUGGAGGUCUGCGAAGAACAGAAGUGUGAAGAAGAGGUCUUUCCACUUGCAAUGAACUACCUGGACAGAUUCUUGUCUGUUGAACCCCUAAGGAAGAGCAGAUUGCAACUGCUUGGGGCAACUUGCAUGUUCCUGGCCUCUAAAAUGAAGGAAACCGUCCCCCUAACUGCAGAAAAACUAUGUAUUUACACAGAUAAUUCCAUCAGGCCAGAGGAACUAUUGUUAAUGGAGCUGCUGAUUCUCAACAAGUUGAAAUGGGACAUGGCCUCCGUAACGCCCCACGGUUUUAUUGAACAUUUUCUUAACAAAAUGUCACUGAACGAGGACACCAAGCAGAUCAUCCGUAAACACGCCCAGACUUUUGUGGCUCUCUGCGCUACAGAUGUAAAGUUUAUAUCAAAUCCCCCUUCCAUGGUUGCAGCGGGCAGCGUAGUGGCGGCAGUACAGGGUCUGAAUUUGGGGAACACGGACAGUGUGCUCUCUUCUCAACACCUCACUCUUUUCCUAUCACAAGUCAUCAAAUGCGACCCGGACUGUUUACGGGCAUGCCAAGAACAGAUUGAAUCUCUUCUGGAGUCGAGUUUGCGCCAAGCUCAACAGCCACACAGUUUGUCCACAGACACAAAGACAGUGGUCGACGAAGCGGACCUUUCCUGCACCCCAACGGAUGUUAGGGAUGUGAACAUUUGAUACACUUGUGUCACGGACUUAUUUCACCAUGGAGUGCGCAUGGCAAAGUCUUUUUGGAUUGAAGUGCGACCAGGCUCAUCACUUGGAGCCAAACCUCUGGACAUUGUAAAAAACAAAAACAAAAAAAAACAGGCAGGCAAACAUCGCUUCUUCUGACUGUUCCACCUGUGACCUUAAACAACAAAAAUCAAAUAAUACCCAAAAACUUUUCACAAAAAAAAGGUUAAAAAACAAGAAAAAAUAGUAUUUGCAUAAAUCUCUGCGGGUUUGUGCUACAAAAAGAGGAUUUUUAUAAGACAAUAAUCACUUAGUUUUAUUUUUAUAGUGUUCAUGUCUUUAUGUUGUAAAAAUAGGCAUUAACACAUGACAAAUGUCUCCAGGGGAGGUACUAGUUUUGAUUCAUUACAUGCAAUAUAGCCAUUUUUUAAGUAGAAGAGGUUGUUUUUAGAUAGAAAUAUAUAAAUAUAUAUCUUUAUUUUCCUAAAAUAUCUGUCCCUUUCAUGCAGUUUAGGCGUCUAUAUCUUGCUUGCUGUUGCAUGUAGUCACUUUAUUACUCAUUUUUCUAUUUUAUUGUAGUCGAAUAUCCUCUUCACUUUAAAAAUGGUUACUGCAACGCAGAGGGUUGCGAACCCUUCUGUAAAAAUUACAAUAGUGUAUCUUUAGUAUAGUGUAUUACUAUAUGUUAAUCAUUUGUGUUUGUGGAUUACCUGUGUAUAGGGCUUGGAAGGUGCCAGUCUAGAAUUGCCUCAAGGUAUAGUUGAAUGCCCAUAUUAUACUCUAUUAUAAAGAGAAACGGACAUAGUGAACAUAAUAUAUUAUAUUUUUAUAAUCUUCAUUUUGUUUUAGCUGCCUGCGUAUGAAGAGCUGGUAUCAUUCAGUGGUUCUGAAGCCUAUACGUGUCGGGUUAAAUCCACAGCCUAGAUUGUUCUAGAUUCUAAUACCAUUCUAUUUCAAAGCACUUUGGGUCUAUUAAGUAUGGCAAAUAAUGUUGUUUUUACGUGGGAAUCAACAAAACUGAAUGGUUUGGAAAUACUUUUGGUGCUUAUAUGCAACCGCAGAUGCAAAGCGAGUGCUUUCUGUUUUUUUUUUGUUUUGUUUUUUGUUUUUUUUCCUUAGGAUAAAAAAAAAAAAAAUAGGAUGAUUUAGCUUUUGCACCAUAAACUGCUUCUGUGUGUCUUUGUAGAAGUGGUGACAUUUAGAAAUUAUGUUGGUGCAGGUUUAAUUUGUGGCUUUAUGUUUUCACAUAAAGGGCAAGAUUUUUUAUUUUUUUUUUAAAGGCUUUAUCUCAAGUUAAUAUUGAACGAAAGCUUUUUUUUUUUUUUUUUUAAACACUAAACUAUGAUAAUUUAUAGCUAAGGCUAAAAUAAAUAUUUAUUGCAGAAUAUCCCGCACAAGGCCAGUAUAAUCUGUCAAAUGAAAAAUGCAAUUUUCCUUUUUUUUUUUUUUUUUUAUUAUUGAAUAAUUACCGUUAUACCCCUCAAUGAUGGAGAGAAUAAACACAGCAUUAAAAGCCCAGUUAGGGGCCACGAUGCUGCAUAGAUAAGUUGUGGAUUUGGUAUAUUUAAAAUUUAAAUGAAUCAAUUUGAAAGAAUUUCCCCUUUUUUAUUUUGUUCGUAUUUCCCCCCCCC